CUGGUAGAAUCAAUAUCAGAUUUUUUUAAGCAGCAAUUAAACUGUUAAUAAUGUCUGCAUUUUAUAUUUUAUUGGUGGUCUUGGCACCCACGGUUAUCGGGCAGGAAGCGACCAUUUACGACGAUGUGUUCUACAACGGAGCCAGCAUCCGCGUUCAAAUUGGGUCUUGCCGCAACAUUUUUGACUUUAAUGACCGAGCAUCGUCGAUAAAGACGGACGCUUGUAUUCGGCUCUGGGAGCAUGCGGACUGCACCGGGAGACGACUUGAUGUUAACUCUCCGGGAGAUGACAACCUCGUCAAUGACGACUUUAAUGAUGCUCUAACUUCCGUGAGUGACUGCAGGAUUGGGGGCGUCUCGGAAAAUUUGGAAAUUGAGUUUGACUACUCGAAGGAUUCCGAUCCGCGAUUGAAAGAAUACGCGAAUAAAGUGAAGCCCAUCAUGCAGUCCUGGUUCCCUCUCCUCCAGAAUAUUUUGACGACCCCAUUUUCUCGUCAGUUGGACAAGCUGAAGGUGAACUUUGACCCGAAUUCGGAGCACAUUGCGGCUGCGUACUACUGGGAAAAGAGGAUCGAGAUGAGGUCCAGCUUCGUGACGGAGAACAUGGACGACACCGGCGUCAUGAUUCACGAGUUGACGCACGUGGUUCAGAAUCCGCAAGGCAGAUGUCCCGGCUGGGUGGUCGAAGGGUUUGCGGAGUACACGAGGAGAUGGCACUAUGAGCCCAGGACAACUGCCAAUAAACCCAGGGCGAGCGAUCAUAUGAAUAAAAUUGAACCAUACCUUGGAGAUUGGCUGCUGGCUUAUCUGGAGUCUGUGACUGGACCCCCUGGAAAACCGUAUAUGUACCUGAUCAACCGAAAAUGUCAGGAGGGAACCUGGUACGACAAUUUUAUUAAGGACAUGACUGGAAAGUCAGAACUGGAAUGGUGGAACCAAAUGCUAACGGAUAAUGCUUUUCCAUGGAAACGAGUCUAGAAAAUUAAUAUUUGAGACUCACAUUUAUACAUACAUAAGAAUAAAAACCUGAUGCAAAUUACAA